AUGGCGGACGGCAGACGGACACAGUCUCCCAAGGACUACGAUGCCGCCUCUCUCACCAGCGAAUUCGAACAGCUGAUGCGCACCAAACGACUCAACCGUCUCCAGGAACGCUCUCACUCUCGCUCCCACUCGCCAUCACCAUCUCCCAUGUCCAGUUCAUCGAUUCCACCACCUCCCUCACGGGCGCCGCCACCACCGCCCGCGGUCGGAGCUCCGGCCACACCCCCCAAGUCGUCCACAACUUCAUCGGCUCUGCGCGGCCUUCCCAUCAUGCCAUCGCCUCCCCAGGAUCCCGCCUCACUGAAAUUCUUUAAUCUACUGAAAGGUUUGUCGGUCACGCCAACCAAAUACGAGAACCCCGGUCUUCUGGAUGAGGCUUUGUGUGUGAUUCCGCUCGAUCGCUUGUACUCUGAGGCCGAGGAGGAGUCCCAGAUCAUGCAAGCAUCGGCUGCCAGCGUUUCAGGGAAGCCGGAAUGGGGCUACCAAGAUUGUGUCAUUCGUGCAUUGCUCAGAUGGUUCAAGGGAUCCUUCUUCCAAUUUGUCAACAACCCUCCUUGCUCCAAGUGCCACAUGCCCACCAUCGCGCAAGGCAUGACUCCACCCAGCCCCGAUGAGACCGCCCGUGGUGCGACCCGCGUCGAACUCUACCGAUGCUCUGAUAACAGCUGUGCCGCCCACGAACGAUUCCCCCGAUACUCCGAUGUGUGGCAACUGCUCCAAUCCCGCCGUGGCCGAGUUGGCGAAUGGGCCAACUGCUUCAGCAUGUUUUGCCGCGCGGUCGGCGCCCGAGUCCGCUGGGUCUGGAACUCCGAGGACUACGUCUGGACCGAAGUUUACUCCGAACACCAACGACGAUGGGUACACGUUGACGCCUGCGAAGGCGCCUGGGAUCAACCCCGUCUCUACACAGAGGGAUGGCAACGGAAAAUCUCCUACUGUGUGGCGUUUUCCAUCGAUGGUGCGACCGACGUCACUCGCCGAUAUGUCCGCAACUUCUCUCGCCACGGCAGCCCUCGCAACCGCGCCCCCGAAGAGGUCGUGCUCUGGUCUAUUCACGAGAUUCGCCGCAAGCGCCGCGAGAACAUGUCCAAGACCGACCAGCGCCGGUUGAUCAAGGAAGACGAGCGUGAAGAAAAGGAACUUCGAUGCUACAUGGCUUCUGCGCUGGCAGCAGAAAUCAACAACAUGCUCCCACGCAACCUCUCCGGUCGCCCCGAGGAUCAAAAACAUCCCGGUGCGCGCCAAGAGGCUUCUACCGAGUGGCUUGCCGCCCGAGGCCAUGGCCACUCCGGCCCCGACCGUUCUCACGAAGGACGGUAA